CGUGUAAUGUUUUCGUGGUUAAAUCACUCGUCCGCUGGCACAGGUGCUUUCAGAUGGCUGCUGCAUAUGGCUAGUCAUUUCUCAUGCAUUGACUGAAAUAUAUCACUCGUCACUUGGCUUGCGGCCCACUGAAUAUUGCUACUGUUUGUAAGAUAGAUUAUAAUUGGUUAUCUUCAAUGAUAAUUGUUCGCUAAAAACUGUCGGGAGGGAGAUAUUGUUGUUUAAAAAAACAACAAAAAUUGCUCUAUUUACUGUUUAUUAUUUUAAGAUCUUUCGCAUAACAACCAGUUGCCUUCGUGAUAAAUCAUCUGAUGCUUUCCUUUCUUCUCUCCCUCCCGCUUUCAGUCAUUUCUCUUCAGUUGGAUUAAUUCUGUCGUUUGGUGAACGUAACACUUGGCAUUUUCGACUUGUCAAUUGGAUCUUAACAUGGCAGAGUCUCAUCACUCCAAGGGUGGAGCUGGGAUUCUAGCUAAAGCCCAGAAAAGGCUGGUCAGAACAAAAGCAAAGGUGUUGCAAAACCUUGGAAAAGCUGCACGGACCACAGAUCAAACAUUUGAUGAAUAUGUGAGCAAUUUCAACAAGCAGCAGGCAAUACUUACAAAGCUUCAGAAAGAUCUCCGAAAUUACCUAAACUGUUUAAAAGCUGUAUCAUAUGCCAACAAGACACUCUGUGACACAUUGUAUGAAGUUUAUGAAGAUGACUGGGAAGACCAGAAAUCCUUCCACAGUCAUUUAGAGUCUUUUGAAUUGCACUGGAUGGAUUACGUAAGUUCUUUAAAUGACCAUGUCCAAGAGCCAAUUAUAAUACAUUUGAAUAAAUUUCCAGAGUUAAGAGUGAAAAUCAAUAAAAGAGGAAGAAAGCUUGUUGAUUUGGAUAACACGAGGCAUACACUAGAAAACCUGAUUGGACAGAAGAAAAGAGAUGAAGCAAAAAUUGCAAAAGCACAAGAAGAGUUUACAGAAGCCAAAAAAGUGUUUGAUGAUAUUAAUAAUGAGCUACAAGUUGAACUUCCAGAGUUUUAUGACAAACGGGUACCGUUUUACUCCCAAUCAUUCCAAAACCUGUUUGCUGCAGAAAAAGCCUUUCAUUCAGAACAAGGAAAUAUAUCAGCAACUUUGAUUGAAAUUUGUGAGUCUUUAUCAGCAAAUUUUAUAUUACCUGAAAGAAAAUCAACGAUACGAUCAGUAUCUGAGAGCAAUCAUCACCUUCAAAAUGUAAUUGACAGCUUCCAACAGUUUCAGAUGCAAUCUAAAGACAAUGGUGUAAUCUCCUUAGUUUUAAAGAGUGAUUCAGAAAAUACAACAAUUUGUCCUAGUCAAGAGGAUAUCAAUGAACCAGAGUCUGAGCUUUAUCAAAAUGUGACCAUCACUAACCAAGAACACCCUAACAGUGGAGAGAGUUCUGAAGCAGUCUUUCAACGUACUUCACCAAGUCUACAGGCAUCUGCUAAACCAUCUGAAGAUUCUGCAGGCUCAGUAAGUGUUUGCGAAGAGAAUGUUUCAGAAUAUCAGUCAUGCCUUGAAGAUUCUAGUCUCUAUGAAGUACCCCCAAACAACCAGUCCCUUAAAAAGCUUCCAGAUGGUAUACUAUAUCAAGUUCAAGCAACACAUCCCUAUACACAAGCAGAUAGUGAUGAAUUAACAUUUGAAGCUGGUGAAGUGAUUGAUGUUAUUGAACCAGAUAAUCUUGAAGAAAUGGAUGAUGGCUGGCUAAUGGGAAUUAAACAAUCUGAUGGCAUACAAGGAGUUUUUCCUGCCAACUUCACUAAAAAACUACUUGGUUGAUUAAGCAAAGAUUACUACAUAGUUAUUGUUAUUGUUGUUGUCAAUACUGUUGUCUCCCUGUAAGCCCAGGUGACUACUGUUUUUACCUUGAAUUGAUUGCUAUUUAAUCGAGAUGCAAGUCAUCAAACUUUGCAUAAUUCCCUACCCUUAUAGAUUUGAUCAGUUGUACUUGUGGAUUAAAGAAAAACUGAAAAGAUAACUUUAUUAAACAUCAAAGAUGGACAUGCUGAGGUCUAUCUCAAGGUAAAUCAGAGCUUGUUUGUUAAGUAACAGGACAGAAUUUUUGUUGCUAUGAUUAGUUCACUUUAGAUUGAAUAACAAAUAGAAAUCAACUGGUAUCACCUGAUAGGUAUACAAGGGGAGAUGAGUAAAAUCAAAUUGAAACAACCAGUUAGUCCUACAAAGAAAUAGAUAAAAUGGUGUUCAAAUGUUGUUAUGUGGUACUAAAAUAAAGGCCUGAAUAACCCAUGUAUGUUGCAGCUUCUCUCCUAUUCCUUCUCCUUUAUUCUUCAGUCUGUUAUUCUGUAAUGAUUUCAGUCAAUAUUUCAUCUUCAAAAUUAAUCUGGAACAUUUCCAUUUAGUUUGCCUGGUUAGUUUAUUUAGUGUCUAUUAAACAAUUAAAAUUUAGACAUAAUUGCUAUGCACUAGUAUUAAUUAGCUUUAUAAAUCUCAUUAUGUACAGGCAAUUUGAUCAUGCUUUGAUUGAUUAAUUAGCAGCUAUGUUUUCAUUUUUACAAGAACACAUAACCCAACUUGCAUAUCAUUUUUAAUAUCAGGUGGAAGUGACUUGGUAUUUGCUAAAUAUAGGAUCUAGAGAUUAGAGUUCAUCUGAUUAGUGUUUUGCUAUUGCCAGAGCAUGGUUUUAGUAUAUUCUUGAUUGUCAAGAAAUGAUUUUAUGAAUCUAUGUUUGGUGAAUGAAUAUAAGAACACAAUUUGUGUUAUAUGUAUUUGAUGGUUGAAUGAAAUUAAUCCAACCCAGAAGCAGUUAUCUAUUAGAUGCCUUAAUUAUUUAAUGAGACAUGUAGUUAAACCAGAAACAGAACAGUUAUUUCAUUAGUAACUUGUUUGAUUUGCGUACAUUUGUAUGUAUAUGUGUCUGUAUGAGUGCAUAGAUAUGCACCUGUAAGCUAGCACUGGUGCUAAUGUUUUUAUUUUCAAUUAUAUUCAGCUCUACAUUGAGAUAAAAUAUUUUCCAGAAAUGAUAAAUAUCUGCAUAAUAAUACGGUCUUCCAUUCGAUUUGAAUUUCUUGUUCCAAUUUUUAUUUUUUUAUAGCGUCAACCUUUGACAUAGUAUAACUUUACUAAUUCCAAGCAGAUUGCCACUCUUGUUGUGGGACAUAAAUUUUAUAGCAUGAUUUCAUAUUUCAGCUCCAUCACAGAACUUGUGUAGUUAAGCAAAAAGAUAUCUCAGUUGAGGUAGAACUUUCUAUCACUUGCGCUAGACUCUAUUGUGUUUACUGUGUAAAGCAUGCAAACAUACCCAGUCUGUGAUUUUUCUCCCCAUCGCAUUUUACAAAUGAACAAUGCAGCUAUUUAACUGGAAUUAAUACCAGGUCCAACAUUGAUUUCAAACUACUAGUCUAUAUACUUCUAGUAGUUCCUGUUCUAUAUCAUCGAUUUUGUUUGUGUGUGUGUAUGUUUUAUCAUGUAUAUAUUUUUUUUUAAACAGAUAAUAAGCUGAAGGACCAUUUUUUAGUUUGAUCCAGAACCACGAAUAAAAUAUAAAAAUUUUCUAUGUAAAAUAUCCAAUAUUGAAUUUAUUUCUCACUUUCCAUAAUUUACCUCUGUAAUUUAUCUAUGUGUGUUUGCGUAUCUCUUUUCUGUUUAUGUGUACAUAUGUAUGUCUGUGUGCGCAUAUCUGUAAUAUAUAUGAGUGUGUGUAUGUAUGUAUGUAACGUUGACCUUUAUUUCUUAAUAAACAAAAUGUAUGUAUGUGUAUAUAUACAUAAACAUAUAUACGCACACACACACACAUAAUUUAAAAAAUAAAACUAUUUUUAUGUCAUUUACUGCUUAAAGAAAAAAAAAACGAUUAAUUGUUAAAAGUUGGAGAGGAAACAAGCCUGUUUUACUUUGAAUUUCAAACUAUCAAUCUCCCAGUCUCUGUAUUUCUAGCUGUUGGCUUAGAAUACUCUUUAAAAAGAAAUACAGACUUUAUUAUACAUUCAUUAUUAUGGCAGAAUUGAUAGAGCAGAAGACAAACUACCUUGCAGUUUAUAGUUAUAUCCCUUCACAUACUGAGUAACAAUCCCACCAGUGUCAAUGUAGCCUUUCAUCCUUUCGGAGUCGAUAAAAAAAACAAAAUACCAAAUAAUACUGGGGUUGAUAUAAUUGACUUUUCUGUUCCCCAAAAUUUGUUGGUUUUCGUUGUGCCUAUGUUAGAAAUUGUUAUUAUUAUUGUUAUUGUGGUGAUGGUGGUAUUGGUGGUUGAUCUAUAGUGCAAUGGUCUGUGUUGUCAGUGAACAAAACUUUUCAUCCUGGUUUGGUUUCCUAUUGACUCCACUUGUUUGCUAAUGUGCUUGCAUAAAUUCUCAUUUUCCCACUUUUGUAUUUUUGAGACAAGAUAUCUCUUUCCAAGUAAAAAAAAAAAAUGGUUAUUAUUAUUAUUAUUAUUAUCUUUAUAGGGCAGAAUUAUCAGAGCAUCAAAAAUAUAUAUUUGCAGCAUUCUGGCUAUUUGCAUUCUGUGUUCAAAUCCUGUUGACUUUCAUCCUUCUGGGGUCAAUAAAAUAAAGUACCAGUCAAGUACUGGAGUUGAUUUAAUCAACUAACCCCUCUCCACAAAUUUCUGGUCUUGUGCCUAUGCAAAAAAAAAAAAAAAAUUAUAACGUAGAAUUGAUUGCAAUGUUUCUUGUUUUAUUUUUUUUUAUUUUCUGAAUUCAAAUUCUACCAAGGUCAGUUUUGCCUUUCAUACCUUUGGGGUCAAUAAAGAUAAAGUACCAGUCUAGUACUGAGGUUGAUGGUAUCAACUAAGUUCCUUCCUUCAAAAUCUCUGACCUUGUGCUUAAAUUAGAAACCAUUGUUAUAAUUGAAGCUCUUAUUAUUACAAAGAUUCCUAUUAUUAGUGUAAAACUAUAACUCUGCCAGUACAGAACUUAGAUGUAUCAAUACAAUUAAUGAAGUAAUUACUACCUAUAACUAUAAACUGAAGGUAUUGAAGUGGUCUCUACAUAGAUUCUUUAUCUGUUAGAAAUACCUGCUAACUCUCCUUCAAGUUACCCCAUACUAUGUGGUCCAAGAUUAUACUAUUCAAUGUGACAAGUUGGUCAUAGCUGAAACACCUUUGCUCAUAAUGUCUGAACAAACAAGGAGGGCUAACUUGGAGCUAAGCAAGAACAACAAACUGAAGAUCACCAUCUGUAUAAUUGAAUAUCUAGAAAUAGACUGUCAAAUGAAAUGGUACCUUGUAUUAACUAGUUAUGACCUGAGAUGAAAACCCACCAGCAAUGAUUUUUUGCCUUUCAUCUCUUUACAAUGGUGUGAAUAAAAUACUAAAGUUGAUAUGUGUAUGUGUGUGUGUUUUAUUUUCAAAAUCAGACAUCUUUAUAUAACUAUUGUCAUGAAGGACAGUGAGCCGACAGAAAUGGUAGAGCACCAGACUAAAAUGUCAUACGGUGCUUCGUUUUGCUUCUCUUUUUUCUAAGUUUAAACCUUAUUGGGGUUAAUUUUUCUCUUGGUUUUUUGUUUUUACUAUCAAUAAAAUAAUACAUUGGAGUUGAUUUCAAUGACUACUCUCUGUACACUUUAUAAAAAUUUUCAUUUUUCCUUGUCAAAGUAAUAAUAAUUGUUUCUAAUUUAGGCACAAGGCCAGCCUACUAGGUUCAAUUUUACUUUUCAUUUGCUGAUAAAAUAAGUAUUAUAACAGUGUCAAUUCAUUCUAGAAUUGAAUUGUAGUUAUUCCUCUACAAGAUAAGAUUUAAAAAGGGAAUUAAAACAAAAAAGGAGUUUUUAUUAGGGUGGCUCAGUAUUCAAAUGGGUAAGAUAUGGACUUGGUGCACUUGCACUUUGUCACAGGUACUGUUUAGUUCUUCAGCAAGAUACUUUGCAAUGCUCAAGACAUUAUUGUUAUCAGCAUUUGUAGUAGUACUAUUAUUACUAACAUUUCUAAAGAUUUUAAUCCAACAUCUCAUUUCAGUCAUCAAUAUUCUUGUUGUGACAUACGUUUUUGCAUUUAAACAUCUGCAAGUGUAUAUAUUUGAGAUUUAUUGACUGUAUAUAAUUAUUAUUUGGAUAUUAUUUUGUUUAUCUUGCAAGGUAGCAAUUUAAAAUAAAAUUUUAAUCAUUGUUGAAA